GAGCGGAAUUCAGUCGCACUUCUGGUGUACUAUCGUCGUUAACGUUUUUCUAUACACGAGAACGCAGUACGGGAGCAUCGCAAGGAUCGAUCGAUCAUAGUGUGACUCACUCGACGUGGAAUUAAAUAGAGGAAAAAAGAGAAAAGAGAGAGAGAGAGAAAGAGAAAGAGAGAUAAAGUUCCUUUAGAAUUGAUAACACAUAUGAGAGUCUCAUUAUUGAACGGACAAUUAUCAGUAUCAGCACGAUUGUCCUUACUAAAUCAUGCUCCUAGUGACCCUUUUUCUUUUUUUUCUUCAGCCCUUAGUGAACGGCAACUCUUGCGGAUCGAAUUGCGAAAAAUCCGAGAGACCGAAAAGAGUCUUCAACAUUUAUUGGAACGUUCCUACCUUUAUGUGUCAUCAAUAUGGUCUCUAUUUCGACGAGGUGACAAAUUUUAAUAUAAAACAUAAUUCUAAGGACAAUUUCCAGGGAGACAAGAUAGCAAUUUUUUAUGAUCCUGGAGAAUUCCCGGCGUUAUUGCCACUCAAAUAUGGCAAAUAUAAGAUAAGAAACGGUGGAGUUCCUCAAGAAGGUAACAUAACGAUACAUCUUCAAAGAUUUAUCGAACAUUUGGAUAAAACAUAUCCAAAUAGAAACUUCAGUGGUAUCGGUGUAAUCGACUUUGAAAGAUGGAGACCGAUCUUCCGACAAAAUUGGGGCAAUAUGAAGAUAUAUAAGAAUUUUUCAAUAGAUUUAGUUCGCAAAGAACAUCCAUUCUGGAAUAAAAAGAUGAUCGAAUUGGAGGCAUCGAAGAGGUUCGAAAAAUAUGCCAGACUUUUCAUGGAAGAAACUUUGAAAUUGGCCAAAAAGACUAGGAAGCAGGCUGAUUGGGGUUAUUAUGGAUAUCCCUAUUGCUUUAAUAUGUCGCCUACUAAUUUCGUCCCUGAUUGUGACGUUACAGCGAUGCGCGAGAACGACGAGAUGUCGUGGCUGUUCAAUAAUCAAAAUGUACUUCUACCAUCCGUUUACGUUAGACGUGAACUGACCCCUGAUCAAAGAAUUGGUUUAGUGCAAGGAAGAGUAAAAGAAGCUGUUAGGAUCUCGAACAAUUUAAAGCAUUCACCGAAAGUGUUCUCUUAUUGGUGGUACGUGUAUCAAGACGAAACGAAUGCUUUUCUUACCGAGACCGAUGUGAAAAAGACUUUCCAAGAGAUAGUGAUAAACGGUGGGGAUGGUAUCAUUAUAUGGGGUAGCUCGUCCGACGUAAACAGCUUAAGUAAAUGUAUGAGAUUGCGGGAGUAUCUGUUAACGGUUUUAGGACCAAUCGCGGUUAACGUGACAGAAGCCGUUAACUAAAGAUUACCCUACAAACUUUUAAUACAAUCUAUGACCUCUUGCCGAUGGUGAUAGGUACGUUCAAUGAUCUGCUUUGUGAAUACUACUGGUAUUGCAAUGGUGCCAUCACAUUGAAAAAAUUUGUCACAAACAAAAAAGAAAACUAUAAUUUACAACAUUAAAAACCAAAGAAAUAAAAUAAUUAAUAAUCAAAUUAGUAAAAAUAAGUAUAUACCAAAGAAUAUUAUAUGCUCGAUGUCCAUAUAUGUUGUACUUAAUCUAAUUUCUUUGUGCCUAAAAUCAAUAAAUGUAUUACU